UUUCAAAUUGGAUUUAUUUUGGUCCGUUACAAAUUUAACACUAGUGUCCGUAAAUCGGCCACGUAACUGGCUCUAUAAGUCGGCUCAAUAGUAAUGCAUAAUACCAAUCAAUUGGGCCCAAUUUUAUGAUAUCAGAGGCCCAAUUUCCAAGAACUUUGGACCGUGAGCCAUGGCUCUCCGAUUGGCGGCAAGGAGAACGCUCUCUUCUACGGCGCCGUUUCUUCAGAAAUCGGCGGUCACCGAAAAACUCGCGAUCGUCGCCCACGGCAGAUGCGCAUACUCUUCAUCUUCCUCUCCCAAUCCUAAUCAGAAAGUGAGCUCCGAUCGCCUCUCCUCAGUUAUCGACACCGUCAACGACCGUAAACUCCCACCGGAGCUACGUGGACAACGCAACAACGUUAGAUCGGAAACCGACAUUAUAAACGUUGUGGAGCAAAGAGUAUGGCAUGCAAUGGAAGAAGGUCAAUUCGAAAACUUACCGGGAAAAGGAAAGCCGCUAGACCUCACAAGUAACCCUCACGUAGACCCCGCUGAAGACACCUUGUAUAGAAUUCUCAACAAAAAUGGAUGCGCGCCCGAAUGGAUUGAGCUCAACAAAGAGAUACGAAAUAGCGUUGCUAGUUGGCGAUUGGCCCUCAAGAAAGCUUGGGUGCAUUAUAAUAACAAAGGAGAUCAUAGUCAUGACUCCAAAUGGCUCAAGUCAUCCGAGGCAUUGAAACUUCAGCUGCGCGAUCUGAAUAAUAAGGUCUUUCGUUACAACCUUAUUGUUCCGUUUGGGAGGCAGAUGCUUGGGUUCAAGUGGGAGAGAGAAGUGGAUCGACUCAAGGAGGAAUUGCAGGAGACGGAUAAAUGAGAGAGGCUUCUAUAUUUGUUUGUUUAUGUGCUUUUCUUACACCUAUUGAACCUUUAGGGAGUAUUCGUUAUUUUGAUCGCCGGUAGAAUUUUUUUAAACGAAAGACAGCUCGUUGAAAUAAUUGGUAAUCGCGGUCGAAUAUAACAAAAAAUUGGAUAGUGCACUGAGCCCCGGACUUGAGAUGAACAGAAAACAGCAUUGUGACUUAUUGCAUUGUGAUUUGUGAGUACAAGUUUGGUCACUCAUACUAUAAACGGAAAAAUAUACA